AGUUUUCGCGGUACAGUCAGAUUGCGUGUUGGUUCGUACUAACCAUCCACUGUAUUGUAUGUUUAGCUCUUCUAUGGAGAAUAAUGAAACUUUCAAAAAUGAUUAUGAUUUAUAUUGAAAACAUACACACUUUUCUGUUUCGUAUAUGUAGUACGUAUUCACUAACACCCUGCAUAUGAACAAUUUGUCCUUAACCUCAAACCUACUCUGGUAAUCUUCAACGUAUUUCUAAGGUUUAGGAUUUUAAUUCAUAUACUAAAUGCACACAAGUACUGCCACAACUGAGCAUCAAUUGAUGCUCAGUUGUGCAGUACUUUUUAGUCUAAGCUGAAAAUCUGCUACGCAAAUAAGUAAGAUUGCUAGAAGGAACGAAAAUGGGUUAACGAGAGUAGUACAUGAUAAAGGGGACAGUUAAGCUAAGAAUGCAAUCAAUAAUUAUUUUAGUCAAAGGAGUUCCUUUCCUUUGCUUUGAGAAAAGUUAAAGAAAACUGGAUCUUCCCUUUUAAACAAUAUUUACAGUGUGUAGAGUAGUAUGGCAACUUCUCUUUCUUUUCACAUAUCACAUUUCCCUUCCUUUAUUUCCAAUUUCCACUUGGUGUUUAUUAAACCUUUUGUUUAAGUGAAUGAAUAUAUGUGAUCGGGAUUAUCUAAAUAUAUUACCUCUUAUAUCAGUUUUCAGAUCAACUGUCUUUCUUAUUGCACCAUCGAAAUGAAAUGGAUUAUUGAGGAACAUUAUAAUAACAUCCUUUAUUUGAGUUUCAACUUGAUUUUCGCGACAUGAGAUCAUUUUUGAUCAAUUCUGUUGUGUAUCGUAUAUUUCGACGAAAUUUCACUUUAUCUAGUGCUUAUUUGAAUCUCACGUUCACAAGUGCAGAUGAGCGGGUUUCUUUAAAUUUCACUUUUAUAACAAAUGUAUUAUUGGUUUGCUAGCAACCAGAUUUCUCUGAAAUUGGUUAUGAUACUGUCAUAGUCCUUUUUCUAUAUAUGCGCUUUGAUAUUGAGUUUUCGGCUGUUGUGGUUGAUCCCUCCUCACAGUUAAACCUGACUGCUCUGACGUGUGUUAAUUUAGUAAAAAAUAAAAGGGGUUGGGUGGUAUAUGUCAGUUAUGAGGAUUUGCAAUGCUAUAAAAGUCCUACCACACCUCAGAAAUAUCAAUCGAAGAUGUGGAUAUGCCGUGCUUCACUGAAUAGUUCUGAUAUUUUAGGACCUGUUGCAAAAGCUAAACUCUCAAGUGCAAGUCAUAUAGUCGUAAGUGCUCAUGUUCUCUAUAAAUGAAGGUAGUAAAGACGCAUUAUAAGUGAUAUUUUAUCUACGUAUCGUUAAUAUUGGGUUAUCUGUAAGAAUGAAACCUUAAAAAGUGUUUAUUUUUUAGCCUUUUUGGGAUCAAGAACCAUAAAGUCUUCACAUCAUUCAGACUUGCAUAUCCUUUGUCUGUCGGUCAAACAAAAUAACGUAGAAUUUGACUAAAAUAUAUUGAUACACGUUGCCAUACUUCACUAGUAGAGUCAUGAAUAAGGUACUGCAUAAUAGAGAAGUUGAGGAAAUAGGAAGGUGUUUAUGGUGAUAAGAAGACUAAACAUAUAGAAAUAAGUAAGUUAUAAAACGCCGCGUUAGUUAAUGGUGGAACCUUCUUAAAAUUCCAGUACCUUGAUGUUUUUACUUCGGAGUAAUGUCUCGUUCUCACGACUUAGUUAGGGCUGAGACACUGUCUGGGUGCUCGAGUCGAAGCAGGCGAUUUUAUUAGGGGACCAUACCCUAAGCUUUUGGUAUAUAGGUCUAAAGGUAGUGGAGCAAAGUCAGGAGAUGCGGUCUCACGGUAGCCGGUGAGCAACAGUAGGUUCUUACGCCAUUUGUUCCCUCAGGAUCCUAGAGCCCAUGUAACCAAUAGCUUGUGAUCAUGGUUUUCGAACUCCAUUAGAUGUAUCCGUACCCGCCAACCUAGCUAAGGCACUGAAGACUCACUUUUCUUCUUCUUGAUUACAAAUAAUACCAUCACCACGAGUAAGCAAUGAUUAGGACACCCUAUGCAGUAGAUGUAUGCGUGAGGCCAUGUGAGAGCAUUUUGAGAGGGGCCACAACCGGAGCCUUCGAUCUAAAGGCCUAAUCCACAAGGCAGUGGAGCAACGUCGGGAGAUGAAGUCCCAUGGUAGCCGGUGACUGACGAUUAGUUCAUACGUCAUUUGUUACCUCAGGAUCCUGGAGCCCAUGUUCACCAUUGGUUUGAAAUCAGGGUUUCCCGACUCCCCUAGAUGAACUUUCCGUGUCCACCAAUCCGGUUAAAGCGCCGGACAUUCGCUUUUCGUCCUCUCAAUUUCGUGAACAACAGUAAUGCCACGAUAAGGCAAUAAGUAGGACUUCCUUGACAGAGGCUGUAUACGCGUGGCCAUUCGAGAGGAAGAGCGGACUCUCCCCACUCUUGGCCGUACCAGGGCAUUUGGGGGCAUAAACUUUAAAAACGUGUAUUCUUUUUCUAUUACAUCCAUUAAAUAACCGAGAUUGUUGUUUCACAACAUAAAGCAGUCGUAUUACUUUUCCACUCUAUAGGUGCGUUCAUGUAAACGUUAUUAUUGUCCCAUAGUUACCUUCAUUAAAAGUUCAUGAAAGAUAAGGGUCUUUCCAAACCUACUUUAUACCCUUCAUUUCUCUGUCUGUGCUGAACUUAUUUUCACACUCUCGCUGCUUUCUAAAAAUAGACUUGUAUUAAGAAGUUUUAUUCGAUACUUCUGUUUUAUCCACUACUGAUAAAAAAAUUCAAUUUCAGAGUAAAGACACAUUGAUGGUUUCUUCAGCUACAGAAGAAUUGUUUGCGUGGGGUUCGUGCGAAGAAGGACAACUAACUUUAGAUAAAAAUGAUGCUUACCAGAUUCUUAUCCCAAAAGCAUUAGAUGUCCGGAAUCUACCCACAUUGAUACAAAUCACUUGUGGAUACACACAUACAGUCUUUCUAACUAUUGACGGGGAAGUAUACAGCUGUGGGUGCAAUGAGUUUCAGCAGUUAGGUCACGGACAAUCUGGUGGUCAGUUAGCAAAAGUAGUUGCUUUAGAACACUACAGAAUAAUAAGUGUAGCUUGUGGAGCAUACCAUAAUGCUGCCAUUACCUAUAAUGGACUUUUAUUUACUUGGGGCUGCAACUCCAAUGGACAACUUGGUCGUGAAGGAGAUGACACAGGAGUUAAGCUAGUUCGAGCACUAUCGGAUCAUAAAGUUGUUCAGGUUAGCCUAGGUGUAGAACACACACUUGUCUUAACAGAUACUGCUCGUGUAUUCGCAUUCGGUUCCAAUCUUAAAGGCCAAUUAGGUCUAGGUUAUAGUUCAGAACAAUCUAUAUCAAUACCUCAACAAAUUCUGUGUCUUUCCGGUUUACCUGUCCGACGUAUAGUUGCAGGCGGUUGGCAUAGUUUUGUUCUAACUGUCAGUGGUUCACUUUAUGCUUGGGGAUCUAACAAUUAUGGCCAACUUGGCUUAUCAUAUUUUGGCUCUUCACCUAAUGAUCAUCAAAAUGAAUUGACAUUAAAGUGUGGUUCCAUUGGUAGUACCAGUGUUGAUGAUGAACAAUCGAAAAAUCGUCCAUUUUCACCACUUGAUACAAGUCUAAGUAAUGUAUCUAUUCCAACUUUUGUGAAAACCUUACGGGGUUGUGAAGUUGUUUAUUUGGCUUGUGGUGAAACACAUACAGUUGCACUUACUCGAGAUGGUGGCGUUUUCACCUUCGGUGCUGGGAGAUAUGGUCAAUUAGGUCAUAAUGAAUCAACUAUCGGUAUAUCUGUACCACGUAAAAUUACUGAAUUUAUGGGUAAUGUUGUCACUCAAAUAGCUUGUGGUCGAUUUCAUACAUUGGCGUUAGUUCCCAAGACUGGUCGAUUAUUUGCAUUUGGUCAGGGCACCAAUGCACAACUUGGUAUGGGUGACACAAAAAAUCGUUUAUUACCAUGUCCAGUUAAAGGACGCUGGGUUUCAUCCCAUAAAUCCAGUAGUAAUGAAUCUACUGUUAUUACCGAUUCUUCUUCCAGUAAACCUUAUAUAAUUCGUCGAAUAUUCUCCGGUGGUGAUCAUACUUAUUUGUUAGCCCAAAUGUAUCAAGCUGGUGAAACAGUGGAUCCUGAUGAUUUACGCAAUUGGAAUCGUUCAUCAUUACAAUCCAUUCUUACUAUUUGUCCUGAGAUUGUAGAACAACUUCGAAACGCUCAUACUGCCCUAGCACUUCCACCUCCAAUUUCUCGAUCUAUAUCACUUUCUUCAUCUCGUCCAUUAACAUCAUCACUCAGUUCUACAUCAAAUGAACCAAUGGCAAUUGUUUCAAAGGUUGAAUCUGUAUUUUCCUCUUUAGGUUGUUUAUCAGCAAGUUGUCUUGAAGAAAAGGAGCCAAACAGUCAUUUUAAAACAGAUCGAGAGGAACAUGGUGUAGAUUUAGACUUAGCUUGUAAACUGCAGUCACAAAUUUUUCAUAUUCUUCCGAAAAGAGAUUUAAAACGCUUGAUUAACAAACUGUUGGAUAAUGUGUUGUCAACAUCACGUCUUAACUAUCCUAGUAUUGAAUGUCUCCGAGGUCUAAUGUUUCUCUCUGUAUCUGAUUUACUAAAUAUGCCUCGAAAACCAAUUAUGGACGAAGCAGUCUCUGACGUGAACAACAUAGAUAUCACAUCAGAAAAGAAUACAAAUUUUGAACCGUAUCCUGUUCUGAGCGCAGGAUUUUCUACUCCUGGUUUGGUGUUGAAUGCUUAUUCAGUUGCUAUCAAUAGACUUGAUCCAGCACCUUCAAAAAUAUUAGAUCGAUGGUUUACGAAAAUGCAACCGCGUUAUCUGAAAAAAUUAGUUCUGAAUUUGAAUAAUUUAAUUUCAUAUAUAUUGGACAUGGAACCAGCUUCAGCGUAUAGUCAGCGUAAAUUAAAAGAAGAAAGUAUCCGUCAAGCAUUGGAAUUUAUGAAACGCUUACAUCGAGUUAAUGAAAAUCAUCCCAAUCCAAUCUCUUAUAAUACUUUUUAUCUUACAUCGUUGAAAGAUAAAAUUAAUGUAGGAAGUGCAUUCGUAAAUUGGUUACAAGAAUGUAAUUCCGGUGGAAUGCGUUUCUUUUCAUUCUGCGAUUAUCCAUUUGUAUUUGACGCUGCAUCCAAAGCUGAAAUGCUUAAUAUUGAAGCUCGUUUAACAAUGCAACAAGCUAUGUCACAAGCGCAGCAAUCUGCUAUCUUUCAAAGUCUACUUUCACCAUUUAUUGGUACACGUAUGUAUGAUGGCAGUACAUCAUCACCGUACUUCACUAUUAUUGUUCGACGUGAUAAUAUUCUUCAAGAUACACUUUCUAAUUUGACAAUGGCUAAUCCUGCUGACUUCAAAAAGUUACUUAGGGUGAAAUUCGAAAAUGAAGAAGCUGUAGAUGAAGGUGGUGUAAUGAAAGAAUUUUUCUUGUUAGUUAUGCGAGAUUUACUCAAUCCUGUGUACGGUAUGUUUCGUUGUUAUCCAGAAUCUCGAAUGUUAUGGUUUAGUGAAUCAACAAUGGAAAGUGAAAAUGUCUUCCUAAUGGUCGGUAUCCUAUGUGGCUUAGCUAUUUACAAUUCUAUUAUUGUUGAUUUAAGUUUUCCAUUAGCGAUGUUUCGUAAAUUGUUAGGUGAAACACCAGGAUUAGAUGAUCUAAAAGAAUUGGAUCCAAUUGUUGGUCGUUCUUUACAAGAAUUACUGGAUUAUGAUAAUGCGGAUUUGGCUGAUGUGUUCUGUUUGAAUUUCACUGUUACAAUUGAUUAUUUUGGUAUGAAUAAAAUCAUUCCCCUAAUGGAAGAUGGUGAAAAUAUAAUUGUUACUCAAGAGAAUAAAAGUUUAUAUGUUGAGAAAUAUGUUCAAUAUGUAUUUCAGAAAUCAUGUGAAACACCAUAUAAGGCAUUUGAAAAAGGAUUUCUUCAAGUCUGUGGUGGUUAUUCAUUGAAAUUGUUUCAACCAUCUGAAUUACAGUCUUUAGUUGUAGGCUCAGAAGUAGUAAACUGGGAUGAACUUCGUCAGAAUACAACAUAUCAAGGUAUCUACUGGGAUCGACAUCAAGUGAUUAUAUGGUUUUGGGAUGUAUUAUUAUAUGAUUUUACUAUUGAAGAGAAAAAGAAAUUUUUACGUUUUCUUACCGGUUGUGAUCGUGUACCGAUUGUUGGUUUUAGUGGUGUAAAGAUUACAAUUCAACCAAAUAAUAGUGGUGAUGAUUUUUUGCCUGUAGCACAUACAUGUGCUAAUCUAUUAGAUUUACCACAAUAUAGUUGUAAAGAGAUAUUAGCUAAAAAAUUAUCAUUAGCUAUUCAACAAACAGAAGGUUUCGGUUUAGUUUAAUAUAAAAAUUGUCAAUUUAUUAUUCUCUUGGUUUUAAUUUUUUUUUUUAAUUUUCAAAUUCAGUUACCAUGGGGUGCAUGUAUGUGUGUGUGUAGAUAUUGCAUAAUUACUUCUUUUCUAUUAUUAUUAUAUAUGUAAAUUUACUGUAAAUUCCAUAUACCCUCUGGAAUAGAUAUAUACUAUUGACUAGAAAGAUUAUUAUUUUCCUUAUAAAUCUAUUUCAAUAUUGUAUAUCUGUUACCUUUUGUUUUCUUUUUCUUUUUUUUCUUCUCUUUCUUCACUCUGAUUUUGUGUGUGUGUGUGUGUGACUGAUUCUUGUAUGGUGUUGUAUUCUUUCUAAUCUCUUCUUUUUGCUUGUAAAAGUUCUAUUUAAAGAGAAGAACUAGUCUGUUUAACUCUUCAUUACAUGCAGACUGCAACUAUCCUUUUUUUCUGUCGAAUAGUUUACAAGUUUCAAUGGAAUUGAAGCAAUGAAUUAAAAUGAAUCUGUUUGUUUUCGAUAACGUAAUAAGAAGACGAAGAUUAUCAGAACUAUGUGAUGAGAUUAUUAUUAUUAGCUUUAUUCAAUAUUAUAUUAUUUGGUACAAAAUCGAAUUCUCAGCAUAAAGUAUUUCAACAUGUUUA